GAUGGGCGUGUUUUGUCCAGGGAAAACGGGGUCAAGGAACUUUGGACCUUUACAGUUCAAUCUUGGCAAAUAUACUUUAGGCAGAAUAAACCUGUCAUCUCAGUUCAUUUUACCCGGUGCUACUGACCUUUCCACGGACACAGAGGAAGCCCGAAACCGUCGGUCUUCACCAAGCUGCGUUUACUUUUAACCUUGUUCUGCUGAAAAUGUGGCUGCGGAGUUUGACCCCGUAUCUGCUGGCGUUCUCCAUCUGUCUGUCCGCGCGCGGAUAUAGACCCGUACAGGAUGAGCGCGUGAGGCUGGUGGGGGGGAAGCAUUUGGCAGAGGGGCGAGUGGAGGUGUACCACAGGGGCCAGUGGGGGACGGUGUGCGAUGACAGCUGGGACGAGAGGGAGGCGCGGGUGGUGUGCCGCCAGCUGGGGUUCUCUGGAGCACAGUCCGCUGUCCCGGGAGGGAGGUACGGACAAGGAUCGGGCCCCGUUUGGCUGGAUGAUUUGUCGUGUGAGGGUAAUGAGAGCUCCCUGGCGGACUGCAAGUUCAAAGGCUGGGGUGUGACGGACUGCAGCCACAGCGAGGAUGCUGGAGUCAUCUGUGAGAGAGACAGGUCUUUGAGUAACUCUCAGGUGUACCCUCUGGACCACGCUUUGAAACUUUCGAGGUACCUGGGGGCGCUGUUUGACAGCGGCCGGGGCUGUGACUUCACCGUGGUGGUGCAGAGCCCGGGGGGCGAGCCCGGGGAGGACAGGGUCUGCACCCACAGGCUGGUCCUCUCCAUGCACCCCAAAGCCCCCUUUCUGAAGGCCGCCCAGGAGUCCCAGAGCUACACCAUGCAGGUGCACAGAGAGUGCCGACCGUACGUGACCGAGUUCCUCAGGUACCUGUACACGCUCCAGGUGGACAUCACGGUGGCCUCGGCCCCCUGCCUCCACCGGCUGGCCUCCGGCCUGGGCCUGGAGCAGCUGCAGGAGGAUUCCGGAAGGCUGUUCACCUGGCUGCUGCCCCAGGACCCCACGUUCCGGGGCCCGGUGUCCCUGUACAGUUACGCGGUGGAGAGCGGGGACCUGGCCCUGCAGGAGACCUGCCUGCAGUACCUGGCCUGGAACGGCCGGGGCCUGGUGGAGUCGCCGGCCUGGGGCAACCUGAGCCAGGGCGCGCUGGCAGCCCUGCUGGCCCGCUCCGACCUCGUCGUCCCGGACGAGGGCUUCGUCCUGCGGGGCCUGGAGAGCUGGGUUCGGGCCCAGCCGGACCCCCCAGGCUCGGAGGCCGUGGCCAGCCUGCUGGGGGCCAUCCGAUUCCCCAUGAUUUCUGCUGAGCAGCUGUACGACCUCUGCUCGACCUCUGACCUCUACGCUAGCCACCGGAGCCUGUUCAAGAGCGGCACUCUGGAGGCCUACCAGUUCAACCUCCUGCCGUUGGCCAAACUCAGGGAGCACAUGGAGAGGAAGAGGGAGCAGCACUCUCCCCGAAUUUACACCGCCACACCCUGGAGCCUGUCUUUCAACUUUUCAACCAGCCAGCGCAGCUAUGGCGGGUACAACCAGUACGGCAGGUACGACCAGUACAGCAGCUACUUCCAGACCCCUGUGCACAACAGUGCGCUUUUCCAGAGAGAAAUGGUCUCCUGGACCACAAGCCUCUGUCGGACCCGGCAGGAGUGUCUGAAUAGGGGUCAGCGGGGCGACUUCGCUCCCGCUGCCUGGCUGACCGCCAACACAGAUCUCAGCCGUUACCGUGGCAGCAUUCGCUAUUCCAACAAGAUCGUUCUGUCGUGUGACGGCGAAUACGUCUUCCACGUCCAGGACUUCAAAGAUAACAUCGCCCAGAUUGCCACCAAUAGCAGCACUAGUCCAGGCUACCCCUGCAAUGACAAUCAGUUCUUCUACCGGUUUGUGGUUUCACCCCAGUAUGUAUUUUAGGGCAGGAAGAGUACAGAACCACAGCCCAGUAAACAGAAAGCUGGUAUCAACACAUUUUACAAACAAACUCACCUUGUGCAUACUUGCUGACAUUAAAAAAGAUUCAAUAAAUAAUGUUUCACGUUU